AUGGUUCUCGACAGGCUUCAACAGUUGACUCACCAUGUCAACGCGACAGCCCCUCCACCUCAUCCCUUUGACCCUCUCUCAACUGCAGAGAUUGACACGACGGUCGCCAUCAUCCGCAAGGAACAUGGCUCGCUCAAAUUCAAUGCGGUCACAUUGUAUGAGCCCCGCAAGGCUCAGAUGAUGGCUUGGCUGGCAGAUCCGAAGAAUACCCCUCGCCCAAUUCGUGCAGCUGAUGUGGUUGCUAUUGCACCCGGUGGCAAGAUUUACGAUGGUGUGGUAGAUCUGGAUCAACAAAAGAUCCUGGAGUGGAAGCACACCCCGAAUGUUCAGCCUUUAAUUACCAUGGAGGACCUGCAAGAAGUUGAGCAUAUUGCGCGCAAGGAUCCAAAGGUCAUAGAACAGUGUGGAAUUAUUGGUAUUCCCCCAGAGGAUAUGCAUAAAGUCUACUGUGAUCCCUGGACCAUUGGGUAUGACAAAAGAUUUGGCACUGAAGUCCGACUUCAACAAGCCCUCAUGUACUACCGUCCUCAUGUAGAUGAUUCUCAGUACACAUAUCCGCUGGAUUUCUGCCCUAUAUUCAACGCAGAGACUAAGCAGAUCAUCCACAUUGAUGUCCCCACAGUACGGAGACCGGUCAAUAAAGCACUCCCGAACAACUAUCUCCCUGAGGCAAUUGAAAAAGAAGGUGGCUUCCGCACCGACAUCAAGCCAAUUCACAUCACCCAGCCCGAGGGUGUCUCAUUCCAGGUGAAGGACCGUAUCAUCGAGUGGCAGAAUUGGAACAUCCAUGUCGGCUUCAACUACCGUGAGGGUAUUGUCCUGAACAACAUCACAUUCAAUGACAAGGGCAACGUGCGCCCAGUCUUUUACCGACUUUCAUUGGCGGAGAUGGUGGUUCCUUACGGUAACCCGGAGCAUCCGCAUCAGCGAAAGCAUGCUUUUGAUCUAGGCGAGUACGGUGGUGGUUACAUGACGAACAGUCUGUCACUUGGAUGUGACUGCAAGGGGGCCAUUCAUUACAUGGAUGCUGCGUUUGUCAAUGCCGCUGGCGCCUCGACAAUUAUCAAAAAUGCCAUUUGUAUUCACGAGGAAGAUGCCGGCAUUCUUUUCAAGCACACUGAUUUCCGUGACGAGUCAAUGGUCGUGACUCGUGGUCGCAAGCUGAUUGUCUCGCAUAUAUUCACUGCUGCAAACUACGAAUACUGUGUAUACUGGAUCUUCCAUCAAGAUGGCACCGUUCAGCUGGAGAUCAAGCUGACCGGUAUCUUGAACACUUACUCCAUGAACCCGGGCGAGGAUACCAAAGGCUGGGGCACUGAAGUCUAUCCGGGCGUGAACGCUCACAACCACCAGCACCUGUUUUGUUUACGUAUUGACCCCAACAUUGAUGGGCCCGACAACACGGUUUUCCAGGUUGACGCCGUUCGUGGCCCUGGAGAGCUCGGCAGUGCCGAGAACAAGUACGGCAAUUCAUUCUACGCCAAGAAGACUAAAUUUACCACCCCCGUUGAAUCCAUGUCUGACUAUGAUGGGUCUACCUCACGCACCUGGGAUAUGGCCAACACCAACAAGCUCAACCCGUAUAGCAAGAAGCCGGUCAGCUAUAAACUUGUCAGCCGUGAUGUUCCACCACUUCUUCCCAAGUAUGGGAGCCUGGUCUGGAAAAGAGCAGGAUUUGCACGUCACGCAGUUCAUGUAACAAAAUACUCCGAUGACGAAAUUCAUCCAGCUGGUCGGCACGUUCCUCAAACCUCUGGUGAGCCUUCACAGGGCUUGCCAGCUUGGAUCGAGGCUGCUGGGCCAGAGUGCUCAAUCGAUAACACGGAUGUUGUCUUGUGGCACACCUUUGGUCUUACGCAUUUCCCGGCACCCGAAGAUUAUCCUAUCAUGCCUGCAGAGCCAAUGACCUUACUCCUGCGCCCGCGUAACUUCUUUGACCGCAAUCCUGUAUUGGAUGUUCCACCUAGCUAUGCGCGCUCACCGUCACAGGUGGCAACAGGCGCGAAUAGUUGCUCUUGCAAAAAGAAUGACGGAUCCAGUGUGCUGGUUUAG